AUGCCAGAGAUUACGGAUGCCCAGCGAACGCGAGCGCAGGCAUCGUUCCGCACACUAUCCAGUGUCCUGGAUGGCACGUACGCCUGCUCAUUGCACCACACAGCAGGAGCAGCAGCAGCAGAAGCAGUAGCAGCAGAAGCAGCAGUAGCAGCCACAGAGGAUGCGACUGCCACCGACCAAGAUAGUCAGACAGUGAGCAAGGAGCGUGCACUGGACGAAUCGGUGCAUGACCUGGGCCCUAUCGUGGAUGGAGCGCAAGCGAAAGAAGAGGAUGGUCAACCUGGGAAUACGGCUGAGCAAGGUGUGCAAGGCCCGAAGCCUUCAGAGCUAUCCAAACUGCCUCACUUCGCGCCAAUUAUGCAGAUGCCCGGGCCAGCAACUGAUCUGCAGGUCGAUCGUUCCCCGCUAGAAGCUGUGAUUCAGUCAAGCGUGCUGCGUCUACGUGUGGAGCACACAUUCAGAGAACUUUGGCCAAGCUUGGCGCAAGACAUGGUGCUGGAUAAGCUGCUGGAAAUGUGGCAUGUGGCCGAGUACGAACGUAAGAAGCGAGAGUUCCUGUUCGAUGAUCGGAAGCCUGACUAGCUUCUGCCAGACUCUACAGUACAGACCUUGAAACGAUCCGCUCAUUGUCUGUACAAGCAUUGCACAGUAUCCGUUUGCAGUUGCUAGUCAAGGCUGUGAAGGAACACCAUCAUAACAAUACCCACCAUCUCCUAGUGAAAAAACCCACUUGAACAUCGUGAUCACCAGAAAUGUUCAAUUUUCAAACUUGAUUCAUCUCCGUUUUUAUAAACCGAUUCCACGCAGACUAUGGCGUCCCUGCUUCUUGGUCUCCUCGCUAGCCUAGAUUUCCAUCCAACUAUCAUAAUUAUUGAGUUAAUAUCAGGCAAUGUUAUUUAAAAUACAUCUUCGCCUAUGUAGACAAAGUGUCUCAGGUCCUUGCUGCAAAAUGGUGCUCAAUACCCUAAUACGGGCAGAGUGUGCUACAUAAGGCAGAGCAACAGCCACCAGCAUCUUUCCUGUGACUCUGAGGUUAUGCGAUACACGUCAUAUAGUACGUUUGCCACACCAAAUUCUUCUAUAUAAGGGUUUCUGUACGCGCUUUGGGCAUUUUGCCACCCCAACUGGCUCCUAUAAUAAAUGGCGGAUUUGACGUGAUCGCAUAACCUUUUACACAGUGCUGAUCAC